AUGAAAACAUCCACAAAGCAGCGAUCGGAACAUCCUCUGGUUCUGCUAUGGUUGAUUGUAUACAAUGUCGCAUCUUUUGUGGGUUGGGCUUAUAUCUUGACUCUGGUUCUACACUGUCUGAUCACAUCCAACGGUGACUAUUCGCUUUCGUAUUCUGUUGUGUCCUACACACUUGAAUUAGUCCAGUUGUGUGCUCUCCUGGAAGUUCUUCAUGCACUUGUUGGUGCUGUCAAAUCUCCAGUCAUCACGACUGCCUUGCAGAUAUCCUCUCGCUUGUUUCUAGUAGGUUUGUGCUAUUUCUUCAACGACUCGAGAGUCAGACAGCAUAUUGCAUUCACCACAAUGGUUUUGGCAUGGUCGAUCACUGAAGUUGUGCGUUACUCUUACUACGCACUUAGUCUGCUUGCCAUCAAUCCCUCUGCUCUUGUCUGGGCCAGAUAUACAUUCUUUUAUGUAUUGUAUCCGAUAGGUGCUGGUAGUGAGCUAUGGCUACUAAUGCGAUCAUGGGAUUCUGCACGUCAAUACAGCACUCUGCUCUACUACACUCUUGUUGGGAUGGCUGCGCUAUACCCACCUGGAUUCUAUGUCAUGUAUUCGCAUAUGAUCAAGCAACGUCGUAAAUAUCUUGGUCCAAAAAGAUCCAAAAAACAUGCUUGA